AUGACUUCGGUUGGUGUGACCUCUGAGCCCGCGGAAGAAUGGGAGUUCUUCCGCUUGUGUCCGAUAUGCCGGAAAGCAUUCGUGAAAGAUCACUCGUUUAAGCGACACCUCUCGUACUGCCGCAGAGCCCAGUUCAAGCGCAAGGGCCGACCAAAGCCAUGCGAUGCCUGUGCAUUGGCCAAAACUAAAUGUAGCCUGGAUGAACCGACUUGUCAAAGAUGUCGCUCAAAGGAUCUGCCAUGUGUAUAUGGUGCAAAGCUUUUGGAAGGACUCUUUUCAGACCCUGAUUUGCAAAAUGGAACCCCAUUUGGAAAUCCGAGCAACCUGCAUUUUGAGCAAAUGUUGACCACUGGAGACCCCGCGACGGAUUUGACUGGGACUUUAGAUCCGCUCGCAGAAUCCAAUACUCAUCCAACACUGUCACAGAGUAGCUGGCCCUUGACGUCUUCUCACAUUUCGAAUAAACAAGAAAGCGUGGCGAAACCGACAAGCGCAGCCUCUGAGACCCUCCAGAGCUUAGUUGCCUUGCCUUUUAAUGAAACUGCACCCGCUCAGUCAGCUGAGCGAGUCGACGAGCCAGCAACUCUCACAGCACUGAAGCAACCCAACCCGGAAGCAGAAGCCAGUGCCACCAUCGUAAUGCACUGUAUACGCUCUUAUCCUCAGAUGAUGCUCCGUCGACAGACCUUCCCACCAUUCAUUCAUCCUCAUUGGCACACGGAAAAGCUACCCGAGAACCUCGUUAACUGUAUGAGCAUUGCGCAGUUAUUCGUUACCCGAACACCGGAGAACAGUCACUUCCUGUGGCGAACCAUAGACAACGAAGUGAGCCGCUUUAAGAAUGAGGCCAAUGAAAUGGACGUAAGAGUGGUUCAGACAGCAGCGCAGGCCACAUUGAUCUAUCUGAUCAUGUUGGCUGUAGACGAGGCCGAAGACAUGUCAAUCCGGGGCACUCGACUUUUAGAAGUGUUUCAGAUUCUGUCCUUUCGGACAAGAGACCUUUGUGGUGGACGCUUCUUGGCCCCUCCUGAAUGCACACAUCCCAGUCUCAGCUGGGAAGAGUGGAUAUUUUCGGAAUCGAGGAGACGAAUUAACUGCUUUUAUUUCGCCAUUCGCGAAGUCAUACAAGCAAAAGCCGAAAUACCUUGCGUCCCCCCUGGUGCACAUCGCCAGGUGGCACUUUGUUCCGCCAAAACAAUGUGGGAAGCAAGAUCUGGUGAGGAGUGGGAGGAAGAAAGGGCUAUCCAGAACAUGGGACGACUGCAUAUCGAUCUUUGGAACCUUGGAGCGCUUCUGGAUGCUCAGCGGCACCCAGAGGAUCCAAUGUCUGCCCAACUGCUUGAGAUUUGGGGAGCCAAUACAGAUAAAAUGGGGGUGCUUAUGAGUGUGGUGGCAGUUAUUAUAAACCAACAAGAAAGUCAACUAGUGGAGGAAAAUUGA